UUUUGCGUCAUCUCCCGCCCGCCUGCAGAAGGAGGAAAAGAGAAAGGAGAGGUGGCACGGCACGCACAACCACAGACCGGAAAAGGAAGGCAGCCAUCAUGUCGUUGGCGGACGAGCUUGGAUAUGAUGAUGUGUUUGAGAUCCACGUGGAGCGUGGGACUCAAGGGUUUGGCUUCAACAUCAAAGGGACAACACAGGCCGGUGGUGUCCUUCAAGCCAUCAACGGUCGCCUGUACCCGCCUUUGCAAUACAUCAGCCACGUUGACGAAGGUGGUGCCGCAUGGCGAGCUGGUCUGCGUUGCUGGGACCGUGUGCUGAGCGUCAACAACACUGACGUGCGCGGCGCAUCCCACAACGAGGUUGUCAAGAACAUCAUCAGGGGCGGCGAAUCGCUGGACCUCAUUGUGAUUCGUGUGGACGACGAGGAAGCUGCGCGUCUGCAGCGCUUGGAGGAUGCCGCCAACAGCACCCGCAAGGGCCGGGGCAAGUCUGCCCCCAUCUCCAUCCAGGACUUCAACAACCUGCCCAACCCUGCCGGCAAGGGCAACUACACCGUGUUCAACGUCUACACGCACGGCGACUACCGCACGUCCAAGCGCUACAGUGAGCUUGCCAACUUGCACAAGCAACUCAAGGCUCGUUUCCGCUGGCACAACUUCCCACCUUUCCCACCAAAGAAGAUGAAUGGCCUCUUCUCCGGCGCACUCGGCCCGUCUGACCUUGAGCAACGCCGCGAAGCCCUGCAAAUCUAUCUGCAGAAAGUGUAUGAGGUGGAGGAUAUUCGCAACAGCGAGCUGUUUGCUGAGUUUCUCAAGCCCUCAGACUACAGACCGCCAAACGCGCCCACCCCGUCCCCGCCAUCGUCUAGUGCCGUGAGCUCGUCCAAUCUGAAUGCGCGGCGGGCAACGGCGACCAGCAGCGGCAGCAGUGCAGCAGCGAAGACUGCCACCAAGCAGCGCACGGACGAGGCACAGAAGCAGCCGCAGCAGCAAGAGAAAGCGAAGAAGCAAGACGUGAAGAAGACAGAGGAAGCAAAGAGAGGUGCGCCUGCAUCAUCCACAUCCACGCCGAAGGACGCCCUCUCAACCCCGUCAUCGGCAAAGAAGAAGGCAGUGCCAGCAAACCUGUUUGACUUUGACGACGAGGAGCCCGAGGCCGUGAAGGAACUGUCUGAUGACGACGAACAGGAAGCAGAAGAGGAAGCAGAACAAGCGCAGGAGGAAGAACAGGAGCAAGAAGAGGAAGAGGAGGAACAGGAAGAACCAGCGGCUGUUGAAGAGGAAGAGGAAGAGGAGGACGCUGCAGUGCAGGAGACAAGCUUUGCGGUGCUUGUGCCAACAGGUGAUGUUGUGCGCGUGUCGCUCAGCAGCGACGCAACCGUCGCAGACGUCCUCCAGGCUGCCCUUGACAAGCUUGGUGUCGAAGGCUUUGCCCGCAACAUCUUUGCGCUGUUUGAGUCCACAACAGACACACCGUCCACAGAUCCCCUCGACCACGAGUUUGACCACAAGCUUGAUGACGACGAGCUGGCGGCGUCUGUAUCGAAGCAGCUGCUCCUGCGGCGAUGGCUGUUCACGACAUCACAAGAGCCCGCUGCGGACACGUGCUCUGCUGCUGUGUCGCUGCUUGUGCACCAGGCGAUCAACGACAUCAAGCAGGGACGCCUGUACUGCACCCCGAAGAAGAAGCAGAAGCUGCUUGAUUCUGCAAAGGACCUCGACACAGACAAGUAUCCCGCCUUCCUUGGUGUUGUGCGCAAGCUGAAGAUGUAUGGCGGUGUGCUCUUGCCGCCCUGCACCGACGAUGACGCCAACUCCAUCAUCGUCACCGUCACCGCCGAUCGCCUCAUCCUGCAGAAGACCGACGACGACGGCAACCCAUCGACGGAUGAUGAGGACGUGUCUGUGUUUGAGUUUGAGCAGCUGAGCAAAGUCCGCAGGCGCGAUGAUCUGCUCGGCUUCAAGGCGACCGGCGCUGACGGCGAACAGCAGACGGUCAAGCUCACCAGCGAACACGCGGCGUACAUGGAGACGUGCAUCAAGCGCGCGUUUAUGGAGCAGAAGUGGGCCGAUGGCUCCGCUGAGGGCGGCUUCUUCCAGUAGUCAAUGGACGAUGAAUUGCACUCAAUGAUGAAUUGCACCUCCAUUCUGCUUCUCUGAUGCUUCCACACGCCGCAUGCUGUUGUGUUGAUAGCCUGCACACUGCUUGCUCUGCACCUGAUUGUCUUCCCUCCCCGCCUCACGUCUGCAUCACUGUACUGUGUGUAUGUGUGUGUGUGUGUGUGUGUGUG